UCAGAGCUGUAUGUAAAACAUAGAUAAUCUUGAUUCGUAUACAAAAAAAAAAAGAACCCAAAGGUUUCACUUCAUGGAGAUCAACUCAAUGAUAUGAUUAAUUCAAAUUAAGGGAUUAUCCGACUAUGUGUAAUGAAGUUGUACCAUUUUACGGAUUUAUUUUCUACAGACGUGAAAUUAUUAACCAGAUAACUGAUUGACAAAAUUGAUUUAAAAGACAGAGAUCUAAAAUAGUAUAAGUUUGAUAGUGACAGUGAAACUCUUGAAUUCAAGUUAUUCAAAUUGUUAUUCAUGGGAUCAGAGAUAAGCCGUAUUGAGAGAUCAUUAUCGCGUGUAAUAGAAGUAUAGUCAAUUUGAUUAAGGAAAGAUAGAAGUCAUUGUAAUAGGAAUUACGCUUACAAUAAGUAAUUUGUAUUGAAUAGUGGAUAUUGUAUACAUAUAAGUAUAUAUAUAUAUAUGCACGGUGGAUAUUGUGUUAUUCAAUGUGGAAUAGUGGAGUGCUAGGAAGGAAAAUGAUAGAAUGAUGAAAUGGUCCUAUUCUGGAAGCUCUUGGAAGGAACAUGGAAAGAAGGCCUAUUUACGUGAAGGUGUAGCAUUACAACAACUAGAGCAACAUGGAGAAGCUUUGGCAGCGUUUGCGUCUGGUUUGGCUCAAGAACCAACCAAUGCUCAUCUGCUGGCAGGGUUGGCAGACACGGCUCUUAAAUCACCCCUCAGAGAAACCUUGGCACCAACAUUUCAACAGUUGGAAAGAUUACGGUUAAACAGAAGUCCGUUUGUGGUAAUAUCAGUGAUUGGACAAGAAUUACUGGCUACAGGAUACUAUGCUCCCUCCACGCUUAUGUUGGAAUCAGCCCUGAAGAUUGGAACGUGUAGUCUCAAACUUCGUGGAUCUGUUUUCUCAGCUUUAAGUAGUGGAUAUUGGGGUUUGGGUAAUAUUGAUAAAGCUAUACAAUUUAUGCAACAAGAUCUGUCAGUAGCUAAGUCACUAGGAGAUCAAGAUGGAGAAUGUAGAGCAUAUGGUAAUUUGGGGUCAGCACAUUUUUCUAAAGGUCAAUACAAAGAAUCGCUAACCAAUCAUAGAUAUCAACUAGUUCUGGCCAUGAAAUUAAAACAAAAAUCUACAGCUUCCGCAGCAUUGAGCAGUUUAGGUCAUGUAUAUACAGCAAUAGGGGAUUACCCUAAUGCCCUAGCCAGUCAUAAACAAUGUGUUUUAUUACUUAAACAAGACAACGAUAAAUUAUCAGAAGCGCGUGAAAUCGGUAAUGUUGGGGCUGUGUAUUUAGCCAUGGGAAAUUUUGACAGUGCUGUCGAGUGUCAUCACGAACAUCUGAAAAUCGCUCGUUUAUUAAAGAACAGUGUUGAAGAAGCGCGGGCGUAUAGUAAUUUAGGAAGUGCUUAUCAUUAUAAAAGGGACUAUAAUCGUGCCAUGAUGUUUCACCAACAAGUAUUAAAAGUUGCAGAAAUGCGAAAAGACAGAAUCUUAGAAGCUCGAGCUUAUGCAGGUCUUGGACAUUCUGCUCGAUGCACUGGUGACUAUGAUAAUGCGAAAGGAUUUCAUGAGAAACAGUUAGACAAUGCUUUACAAACUAGUGAUAAAGUGGCCGAGAGUCGUGCUUGUGCUAAUCUAGGAAUAAUAUAUCACCAAUUAGGAGAAUACGAGGCAGCGCUGAAACUUCAUAAAAUGAACCUGAAAAUAGCGAAAUAUCUUGGAGACAAAGCCAGUCAAGGUCGUGCAUUCGGUAAUAUAGGAAACGCAUAUAGUGCUUUAGGUCAAUAUGAUAUGGCCAUCAAAUAUCAUAAACAAGAGUUAGGUAUAUCAUCAGACGUCAAUGACCGACAUUCGGAGGGUUCGACCCACGGUAAUUUAGCUGUGGCAUAUCAAGCUUUGUGUAUGUAUGAUAAUGCGAUACAGCAUUAUAUUGCACAUUUAAAUGUUGCUCGUGAAUUAAAGGACGCAUCCAGCGAGGCAAGAGCAUUGUGUAAUUUAGGAAACUUUCAUUGUGCGCGGAAAGACUACUCUGAGGCGAUUCAGUUCUAUGAACAAUAUCUAAACAUUUCCCAAGAACUACACGAUUCAGAGGGUGAAAGCAAAGCCUGUUUCCAUUUAGGUUAUGCUCACUUUUCAUUAGGGAAUCAUUUAGAAGCAAUACGAUAUUAUGAACAGGAUUUAGCCAUAGCUCGGGAAAGAAAAAACAGACUGUCUUUGGCUAGGGCUUACUGUAACCUAGGUUUAGCACAUAAAGCUUUACAAGACUUUACAGAAGCUCUGGAGUGUCAAAAGAAAUGUUUAGGUUUGAUGAAUGCUCUGAAAAAUGGACCAGGUAAAUUCAGAGCUUUAGGGAACAUUGGUGAUUUAAUGUUAAAAACUGGUGACACAACAGAAGCCAUUAAGAUAUAUAACCAACAACUUCAGUUAGCGAAACAAUUAAACGACCAGGAGUUAAUGGCUUCAGCUAACGGUUCCCUGGGUGUGGCUUAUAGAGCAAUAGGACAAAAUGACAAAGCUCUGGCUUAUCAUACCCAGGAACUCAACAUUUAUCAAGAGCUUGAAAAUCUUAAAGGUGAAUGUCAUGCUCAUGGUCAUCUGGGUAACGUUCAUAUGUCUCUUGGUAAAUAUCUUAGUGCUUAUAAAUGUUAUGAAGAACAGUUGGAGCGAAGUCGCGAUCUUCACAAUAGUAGCUUGGAAGCCCAGGCUUGUGGUAAUCUUGGUAUUACAAAAAUGAACAUGGGACAAUAUGAAGAUGCUAUAGGAUUGUUUGAAGAGCAGUUAGCUAUGUUAGAACAGGCUUAUGGUAAUACAGCAAUUCAAGAAAAGGGCAGAGCAUUUGGCAAUCUUGGAGAUUGCUACGAAGCUCUGGGUGAUUAUGAGGAGGCAAUCAAAUGCCAUGAACAAUUUUUAGCAACUGCUCAGCAGUCAAACACUCUGUCAGAGCAGGACCGUGCUUAUCGUGGCUUAGGUAAUGCUCAUCGAUCUAUAGGAAACUUACAACAAGCUUUAGUAUGUUUCGAAAAGAGACUUGUGGUUGCUCACGAAGUCAACAGCUCUGGUGCUAAAGCGUCCGCAUAUGGGGAGCUGGGUUGUCUACAUAGUCUACUAGGGAAUUAUGAACAAGCUAUAUCAUGUUUAGAACAUCAGUUGUCUAUAGCUCGAGAGAUGGGUGAUGAACAGUGUGAAGGAGAUGCUGCUUGUGGACUAGGUGGAGUUUAUCAGCAGAUGGGAGAAUAUGAGACUGCGUUAAAAUACCACAAGUUAGAUUUACAGAUAGCAGAACGUACCCAUAAUACAGCUUGUCAAUGUCGAGCGUUUGGUAAUCUAGGUUUAUCGUUUGAAUCGUUGAGUAAUUACGAACAGUCUGUGAAAUAUCAGGAACAACAUCUAAGUAUAGCAGCACAGAUGAAUGAUAAGGUGGCUAAAACACUUGCUUAUAGCAGUUUAGGAAGAGUUCAUCAUGCUUUAGGUCAUCACACAGAAGCUGUACAAUAUUUAAAACAAGGGUUACAGAUUGCCGAACAACUGAGUCGUAGGGAAGAUGAAGCUAAGAUCAGACAUCGUCUAGGUCUAGCGUUGUGGGGUAAAGGAGAUCUAAAUGAAUGUCAACAACAACUGUAUAAGGCAGCCGAUCUGUUUGAAAUGAUACGAAGGGAAUCACAGUGUAGUAGUGAUUAUAAACUCUCGUUAUUCGAUCUACAAACGGCCUGUUAUCAGGCUCUACAGAGAGUUUUAGUGGCUUUAAAACGUCACGAUGAAGCCUUGGUUGUAGCUGAGAGAGCUUGUACACGUGCGUUUAUAGAUCUAUUAUUAGAAAGACAAGCUGGUUCUGCUGGUUUGUUUAAUGGGACCACGAUGGAUCUGACACCUAUAACAAUAGAUCAAUUAACGCGAAGUGUAUCAGGCCAGAAGUCUCUGGUUUUAUCAUUCUCUAUAGCAGCUGGUUAUCUUUAUAGCUGGUUACUGACACCUAAAGAUGGUUUGGUAAAGUUUCAUGAGAUAAAUAUGGCUGAGUUAGAAGCUGAUGUUGAACAUGGUGAUAUACAAAGUGUUAUGAGUUUUUCAACAAACAAUAUAUUAGAUCAAUGUAUUGGUCAGAUACGAGAGACUAUGGGUGUUGAUAGUCAUUUAUCAUCUAGUAGUUCUCAUAGGAGCCUUACACUGAGUCGAAGUGAGUUAGAUGCUGAUGAUUCAGGUAGUGAAACAGAGGAAGUAUUCCAGAAUCAGUUAGAAGAGCUGGGUGAUCGUCUCAAUGCGGAGAAUGAUAGAACAGGAUUUUUACGUAUGGUGAAUCGAAGUCAUCAGUUUAACAGUAGUAGCUACAGUAUCAGUAGUCUCUUCAGUCUCUCUAGUAACUUCCCGGGCAAUUUUAAUCGUAAAAACAGUGUCAAAAAUAAACCAGCGAACAAAUCUCCAUUGAAUCUGCUGUACCAGUACCUGUUUCAGCCCAUGGAAGAGGCUAUUGAAGAGGUGACUCAUGGCGCCGAGGGUCCAAUCGAUUUAGUUUUGGUGUUACAAGGUGAUCUUUAUCUUAUUCCAUUCAUGAUGUUGAAGAAGGAAGAAGAAGAGGAAUAUUUCUAUGAGAAAUUUAAUCUCAUUGUAGUGCCAUCCAUCAGUGCUUUACAAAAUACGCAAAAAAUGGACAAAUAUGGACGACCUGUGAUAGACUCCUCUGGGGCUCUGGUUGUCGGAAAUCCUAAACUCACUCCGUCAGUCUGUCAACAUUGGCACCUGAAAGAAAUUCCUGGAGCGGAAUACGAAGCUAGAAUCGUGGGAGAACUUUUGUCUUGUCGGCCAUUGAUUGGUGCAGAAGCAACAAAGGGAGCCAUUUUGCAUCAGUUAGAACAAGUUGAAGUCAUCCAUUUUGCCACCCAUAUUUCAUGGAAAUUAUCAUCCGUGAUUCUCUCCCCUGGUGAUCUCACAUCACAAAGAUUUUCAUCGAUGGAUUCGGACAACAGAUCUAACGAUAUAAACAAUAUGGAUGGACCUGCGUUAUCGGAAUAUUUACUGACUGCUGCCGACAUCUUAAACCUGAAGCUCCACGCUAAGUUAGUGGUUAUUAACUCGGGCUACACUGAUGAUAAGGCUGGACGAAUAAACACAGAUGGUGUGGUUGGAUUAACCAGGUCGUUAUUAUCAGCCGGUGCCCAAUGUGUGCUAUUUUCGCUGUGGCCAGUACCAGAUCAAGCCACCAAACUAUUAAUGCGUAAUUUAUACAAAUGUCUACAAGAUGGUGAAAGAGUUACAGAGGCAUUGUCUAAAGCUGUUAAAAUAGUUCAGUGUACGAAACAGUUUUCCCAUCCAUCAAACUGGGGUGGUUGGGUUUUAGUGGGAUGUGAUAUUAGAUUAAGUAGUAAAACAGCUCUAAUGGGUCAUUCUAUAUGUGAAAUAUUACAAUCACCAACACAGUGUAGAGAGGCUAUGAGAGUUCUACUGCAUCUGAUUGAGAAAUCCUUACAAAGAAUUCAACAAGGAACGAAGAAUUCUAUGUAUACAACGUUUCAGAGUAUCGAGAAUAAAGUAGCUAAUGUUAUAGGCUGGAAAGAUUUACUAUUAGCUGUAGGGUUCCGAUUCGAACAGACGGGUACUGGACUACCACCAGCCGUCUUCUUCCCCCAGUCUGAUCCAUCUGAUAGAUUAACACAAGCUAGUUCCAGUUUACAGGCUUUACUAGGAUUACCACCAAGUUCUGUAACAGCUUUAUCUAAAUUUGUAACAAGUUAUGAUGUAGGAGCAGCCUUAAUAACAGUGAUGAGAGAUAUAUUAAAUAAAUUAUCAGCUAAAGAAAGUGGUAUAGAUGUUAUGGUUAAUGUCAAGUUAUGGAGAGUUAAUGGUUGUCAUGAAUUUCUAGCAUCACUGGGACUAGAUCUAGUGGAAGUAGGUCAAGACAAUGUAACCCUACGCCUCAGUAAACAGGCUGUGAAACGACAUCUACAAUUUGCGUUACAGUCAUUGGUUGCUGUUUUCGAAGCACAAGAAGCACCAAGAACAUUUUCGAUAGAAAGUUCUAGUAGUAUGGAGAGUCUGUCCUCAUCUCAUAGUAGUUCUUUAUCAUAUGGUAGCACACCUCCUCCGUUAUCCCCUAGAGGUCGAGGGUCAAUGUUCAACCCAGCUGAGAUGGAGAAAAUACGAUCCAGUAAAAAUUAUCUCUUAAAUAAGGGAGGACUUGUUGGUAAGAAGGGAUCAACGAAACAUGGAAAACCAACCCAGUAUGAUCCGGCAAUAUAUUUAUCACAUCAAAAUAAAAUACGGAACAUGUAUCCAGCCAGUAGCGACAGUAUGGCGUCAGAGAGUCCUGUCUUUACCUCAGAGGAACAGUCCAACUUUAGUUCUCCUAGUCAAGAAGAAAUGGAAGCCGGUCAAUCUUAUUUGGGUUCUGAUUCACCCAAAAUUAAUGGUAACCAUGGCAACAGUGUAAGAAAUAUGAUGUCUGUAUUCGAACCAAACAAAUCUCAAAAAGCUUUCGAUUUUCGAAAAUCAUCUCCGAAAAUUCGUGAAGAUCGAAAUGAGGGUGAUCAGAGUGUAGUGUCUGUGCCAAGUGUUAAAAAAUCAGAUAAGAAUUUGUUUGAGGAUCUAAAUAGUUCAAAACAAUCGGGAUCACCUGUUUCCUCUAGUAGUAUGACAAAUAUUGAUCAUUCGGAUCUCGCCAAGAGAAUUUUAGCUGAUGUCAGCAUGGAACAUAAAGCAGUUCAAAUGAUGCAACAAAUGAACCUGGCGAAAUCGCGUGAAAACAGUCGAAGAAUGCGAGAAGAAGAAAUCGUCAGUGAAAAUAGCUCUGUUAAUUCCGAUCAAGGUUCCAUAAGAUCGGAAUCUCCAGUUAAAUAUCAUACUAUAUAUAAGGAAAGCGAAAUAGACAUUGAUACCGGAAAAGAUUUUGAAAAUAAAAGUUCCUUCAGUCGUAGUAAUCGAAGAAGCAUCUUACCAAAAGAUCAGUUUUCUUCUCUGGAAAGAUUUGGUUCCAAAAAACAAGACAGUGACAAUGAAUUAAGUUUGAAACAGGAUAUGCGCAAUAGUUCUGAAUCGUUAGUGUCAAAAAGUAACAGUGUAGCAUCAGGUUCGCGAUUCCAAACUUACGCUGAUCACGUCGCGCAAACGUACGGACAAAAUGAUCAAGAAGACGAAAGUUAUGCGGAUCUUUGUCGAGCUCAAGGUGCUAAAAUACAAACUCAACACACCUCCAAAAACAAAUAUCCAUUCCAGUCGAGUCCUUCCAAUUUUUUACGGCAGACAGCGUCAUAUAGUUCAAAUUCGUCCCAGCAAUCUCUCUCAUCAAAACCGAUCUCCACCCUUCCUUCAAAUCUCACCUCCGGUCCAGGAAUACAAAGUGGAGAAAAUUCAAUAUCAUCUGAAAACAGUGAAGGAGCCGACAGCAAUCCCCAGUCAUCGAUAUCUAGUGGAUAUCAUUCGGAAAAGACAGUUGAUCCGAUGACAAAAAGUGAAAAAACCAAUAGGGAUUCUUAUACAAAACAUUUUGUUAGUAAUACUCCCGCCAAUUCCAUUUCUUCCUUGCCAUCAUUCCGCCCAUAUAAUAACCCAGUGACUCCAUUGAUACGAACAAAUGCUCUUCAGAAUCGUCCAGAAUCAACUGCCAGUACUGGUAGUCAAUAUUCAUCCGCCUCAUCAAGUAGAUCUGUAAUUUAUCGUCCAAGCUCUAAUACAUCCCUCAAUUCUCUUCAGAGAAACGGUGCAUCUUCGAUAUUACGGAGCCAGAAUGUCUCAAAUCCAGUUAAUACAAUGCAACGAUUAGAACCUGUAAAAUCACAGUACAAGAAGAAAGUGAGUUUUUCCGACUCCGAUCGUGAAUCGUCUAACACUAGUUUUGAAGAAGGUGUGCGUAGUGAGCAAUCAGAAACUUUACAAGCAGAUAACGGAUACGAAUAUCUGAGUCUCCAACGUUCUUAUGGACAACAAAUCUCAACCGGAAAUAUUUCCGAUAUAUACGCGGAUGUGCUUAAAGACUCAAAGAAAUCGAAUUGUGAAAAUAAUCCAAGACAUUUUUCAAGUGAUAAAACUUUUGAGAAUAAAAUCGGAAACGGUACGUCAUCAUUCUCUCACAGUCCGAGUAAUCAGAAACCCAUUCAACUUCGAACUCUUAAUCUAGACAAAGAGAAAAAGCCAGGAGUUAAAAGUAAAAUAAUACAAUCAAAGUGCUAAAUAUGUUUAUUGUUUCAUGUAUUUUCUUGUAAAAUAACGAAUAUUUGUAGGAGAAACACUCUUAAACGACUAUAGAAAUGUGUGAUGUAUUCUCUUGUGGGGGAGACUUUUAUAACAGAAACAUAUUGGUGAAUAUUGUCUUACAAAAAUUAAACUGAAUUGUUUAUGAUGAUUUUGGUUUUAAUUUUAAGUAUGUACAUUGCAUUUAUAUUGUAAUAGAGAACUAUGCAGAUUAUGUGUACCAUUACUUACAUCAGCAACGAUAUGUGUAUAUGCCAAUAUAUAAUCAUUUUUAUAAUAUACAGAUAAUCCCACUUGACUUAAUGUCUCUGAUUGUUAUUUGAGGGAUUUUGAAACUUGUGAAAUCUACAAUCUUGUGAAAAUUGAAUCUCUAAAAGGAAUAUCAGUCCAAAAAUAGUUUUUUUCCAUUGAGUAGUUUGCCGGCAUGUUUUCCCGUUGUCAGUGGUGCAGGAUAGCUGUCUAGUCGUUCGGAUGGGAUGAAAAACUGAGUCCUGUGUACACGUUGGCGUGCACGUAAAAGUUCGAUAUCAGUAGGAGCACCACUGUCCAGGCAAAGUUUCCCUCAUAGCACACUAUAUGGCGUAUGCCUGUCUUUAUUAGCCCAGUCUAAAUAGAACAGUAGGACGUUAAACCCCAUCUUAUUUCAUUUCAUUUAGUAUUUACAAAGAUAUGAUGAAUUGAAAAUUCUGCAUCAUUCAGCAUCCACUACAGACAAAAUAAACAAGACUUGGGUAAAUAUUUUGUUGGGCCUCUGGAUAUUAUCUACUGUUGUUAUUUUGGUUCUAAAUUAAACGUUACAUUAUCAAUUUGAGUAUAUUUUAGAGUGAAUUAGAUAUUUUGCUAUAAAUGCCAAUAAUGAUCAUUGACUUUAAUGUCAGUGCUUUGCCUUGAUUAUUAACUUAUUGUUUUUGUGUGUCUUGUCUCUAUAUUCAUUCAAAUCAUAUAUAUAAUUUAUAUUUAUGUAAAAAUAAAGCAUAAUCAGUUUAUGAAAUAAAUAUAAAUUACAUUUACUGAUGUAGGUAAAUAUUGUAUAGGUAUGUUAAUUACAGAAAGGUAUAAAAUAGUUACCUGUAUUACAAUACAAUCAUGUUGGAGUGUCACCUGUGAUUUAUAAUAAAUGGAUGUUGGUCCUUUAAUUAUUGUUGUGCUUGCAUGUAAUGGCAUCUUUGUUCCCCACUGAUCAACGCCUUCUGAUGGAUAGAGUAGCAACAUUUUUUUGACUGACAAUGGUUUACAUCAUGUUUUGACAAUAUUUGUCUAAAUUAAAAUUAUCCAUUCCUUUGUAUUUAUUGUGAAUAAAACAUACAAUGAAAUAUUUUACAUGUGAAUAAUCAUGGAUAUUUUUAAUAGAGGAUGUGUUCAUAUAUUGAAUAAAUGUACAUUUUACUUAUUAUAACUUACUAUAGAUAUAGUUUAUAUAUAUAUGUACAUAUAUGUAAUAUAAGAUGUUUUAUAGAAUAUAAA